CUGGUUUUUCCCCAUUUUUCGAGUCGGAAAGGCGUGGCAAAUUAUAACAAAUUCGAAGCAAACCUGUGAUCUGAGUAAUGAACGACGUUGCAAGUGAAAUAUGAAAUUCAUUCUCCACUAAAUUUCAUUGUCAGUUCAAAUCAGGAGUGUAAACUUCGGAAAUUCGUGUGACGCGAUUAAACAGAAGAUGAGGCUCUUGGUCAUGUUGAUUUUGGUUGUUAUUGGAAUGGACGUGAUAUGUGUAUCUGGAAAGUCUUUCCAGUUUUCACAAAGCGUUCGAAACUUCGGAAAACAUUAUUUAUGCCAGACCAGUGACCAAAGAAAGAUUUUCCAGCGGGCAAUACUGGCCAAUGCAUGUCCAUCAUCCUAUACGAAGAAGAAUACAGGCGUUGAGAAUGAUGUAUUCAUGAUGUUCGUGGACCAGACCCUUUGCAAAGAGACAGGCGUCAAGCAUUUCCUCAUGCCGUUAUUUGUCGGAAUACUUUGCAAAGAUACAGGAGGCUGGCUCGAGAAGUGGGUGCGUAAAUACGUGGAUGUUGAUGAAGAUGAGCAGAUAUCCCCUUAUGAAGAGAGGUGGUAUUUUCACAGAAACUAACUAUCGAAGAACUACAAAGAGUUUAUCUACCAUUUAGAUGAUAACCGUCUCUGGUCUUGUUUUACCAGUAUCUGGAUUGCUGCUGAACCUUUACUGUAUUAUUUUUUAUUAAAAGUCAAUAUUGAUUAUCAGCCCAACUUAUUGUUUCAAGUGCUAAUUGAUUCUUUUAAAAACAACGAAUGAUCUUUAUGUCAUAUGCCUUGAUAUGCUUGCUGUAUUUUUACCUACUAUAUCAAGUAUUUUUACCUACUAUAUCAAGUAGCAAGUUCUCUGGGUGUAAAGUAAAUACAUACCGUCAUUUCAAACCAAAACGGUAUUCCUCUCCGGAAUCGAACCUGUUAAUUCCA